UAAAAAAAAAAAAAAACAAACAUUUACUUACAAAAACACCUGCCGGCGGCUGUUAAAAUAGUUCCAUCAUUGUUUGGUGGACUUAAUCCAAGGGCUCAAAUUUUAUUAGCUAGCCAUUCAAGAAAUUCAGUUUUUAUUAUAUCUGAAAGAAAAGUCUACUUGUCGUUCGUUUAAUUGUUUGUUGAACUCUUUACCCAGUAAACCCGCCUGCCAAAUCAAAACACCGGCUUUUAUUUCUUUUUAGAGCAGAAACCAACUCGUACACAGUCAAAAACCACCUAUCUUAUUUCCUUAUCUGACCCGUGCUUCAUUUGUUUUCUCUAAAAAGUAUAUUAACCAUUUCAAGAAACCUACUUUCUUUGCUUCUGCAACCAACCAAUCAUUUUUCCGUUGAAUGAAAUCAAAACCCAUAUUCCAAAUCUAAAAUCAUUUCGUUCCCAGUUCUCCUCUUUGAUUUCUGUUUAUCUCAUGACGGUUUCUCCUCAAGUUUUCCCGCCCAGAAAACGGCGGCCAUCGGCCGGGGCUUUUAUUGCUCCUAAUUUCUCCGAUCAGAAACUCGUCCAAUCUCUUCUCAUUCUCUCUCAGGAAAUCUCCUCUCUUAAGCCUUUACAGUUCCUUCUAAAACGCAAUUCUCUUUCGGUUAUACGCAAAGCUAAGCUACUGGCUGUAUUAUUCGAUGAGCUUCUUCGUAAUCCAAUUCCUUUUCUGUCACCAACUCUUCUGUGCUUCGAAGAAAUGUACAUAGUUUUACAAAGAAUCAAAACUCUGAUCGAGGACUGCUCAAAUGGAAGCAAGAUGUGGCUUCUUAUACAAAUCGAAUCUGUCUCUAGCAGUUUUCAUGAGCUGAUUCUUGAAUUGUCAACUCUUUUGGAUAUUUUCCCUGUCAAAGAGGUUGGUUUAAGCGAAGAUAUUCAAGAACUCGUGUUGUUAAUUAGAAAUCAAUGUUCACAAGCUAAAGCCUUUUUGGAUCCCAAAGAUAAUAAUCUACGACACGGCGUCUUAACUUUGCUCGACCGAAUUAAGAAACAGAUCGUGCCUGAUCAUUCCAAGCUCGCAGAGAUUUUUGAUAAAUUGGGUCUACGCAAUUCUUCCGAUUGUACAGAGGAAAUCGAGAGUCUUGAGGAAGAAAUUCAAAAUCAGAUUGAUGACAAAUCCAAAUCUGAGGUGGUUGCUUUGAUCGGACUCGUCCGUUACGCGAAAUGCGUUCUCUAUGGAGCGUCCACGCCCACAUCCGAUCACGGGGGUAGGAAGGUGUCGCCGGAGGUUAACAUUCCAACGGAUUUCCGAUGUCCUAUCAGUCUUGAUUUAAUGCGGGACCCAGUCGUUGUGGCGACAGGCCAGACAUACGAUCGCGAGUCAAUUACUCUUUGGAUUGAAUCUGGACACAACACGUGUCCCAAGACAGGUCAGAAGCUGGCCCACACGAACCUGAUUCCUAACCUCGCUUUGAAGAACCUAAUUGGCAUGUGGUGUCGCGAGCAGAAAAUACCUUUUGAAACUACGGAUGGUAACCAAAAAGCUGACGGCGUCAUACGAAACAAGGCCGCGCUAGAGGCUGUGAAGAUGACGGUGUCGUUUUUGGUCAACAAGUUGUCCCAAUCACAAUCAUUGGAAGCCGCAAACGGUGUCGUUUACGAGCUUCGUGCGCUUGCCAAAACAAACUCUGAUAGUCGAGCCUAUAUGGCUGAAGCUGGAACUAUCCCUUUGUUAGUCCGCUAUCUAGGCUCAGAUGUAGGCUCGGAACUCCCGAACCUCCAAGUCAACGCCGUUACGACUUUACUCAACCUCUCCAUUCUCGAAGCAAACAAAGCAACGAUUAUGGAAACAGACGGAACAUUAAACGGAGUUAUUGAGGUGUUACGGUCAGGUGCCACGUGGGAGGCAAAGGCAAAUGCAGCGGCUACAAUAUUCAGCUUGUCAGGCGUGCACUCUUAUAGGAAACGACUAGGGAGGAAAACACGUGUCCUAAAAGGGUUGAUGGAUUUAGCAAAAUCCGGAAACACGAUUUCUAAAAAAGACGCAUUAAUGGCGAUUUUGAAUUUGGCGGGAGAUAGAGAAACAGUAGGGAGACUAGUGGAAGGAGGAGUGGUGGAGAUGGUGACGGAAGUGGUGAAUGUACUACCGGAGGAGGCAGUGACAAUACUCGAAGUGGUGGUGAAGAGAGGAGGAAUAGCAGCACUCGUGUCUGCGUAUAAAGCGAUAAAGAAACUUGGGGUUUUAUUAAGGGAAGGAUCGGAUGCCGUGAGAGAGAGUGCAUUGGCAACUCUCGUCACGAUUUGUAGAAAAGGAGGGUCGGAAAUGGUGGCGGAAUUGGCAUCUAUAUCUGGGAUUGAGAGAAUUAUAUGGGAGUUAAUGGGAAUGGGGACAAUCAGAUCGAGAAGAAAGGCGGCGAGUCUGUUGAGGAUUCUUCGAAGAUGGGCGGCUGGUUUGGAUGGUGAACUUGCGGAUAGGCAGAGUAAUAGUACUGCUUCUACAGUCAGAACUACGACAAGAUCAGCCACAUUGGCAAUUUAGUUAACAUUUGUUUGCAAAUGUUGAUGAAUUUGUAAAGAAAUGAUGUAUUCUUUUAAUUUUCUUCUUUGAUGAUGAGGCAAUGAAUGUGUAAUGUAUAACUCAUUGCUGAUCUUAAAACUUAAAAGGCAUUCUUUGUUAUAUUCUUCGUUUUUUUCCUCCAAGAAAGAAAAGAUAAUUUCAUUCUUUGUUAUCUA